AUUAUUUUGUAGCGCAUUUUUUUUUGCAGUCUUUCAUUUAUGUUAACACCAGUGUGUUGAGAACAUUUUGUUUCCAAACUAUUUUUCCAGCUGUUUGUAGGAUUUGUGCACAAUCGAGUUACAGGACAGUUGCUUGAAAACUGCUGAAUCUGUGUGCUACAAUUCAAAGGGUUUGGCAAUUCUCCCUUAGAACUACCCAUGUGGUUGCCAUAUCUUUCUGCUGACAGGACUUAUGUAAAAUCGGUCUGCAGCCUUGUGGUGCUAUCAGUCUUUAAAACUCAGGUUAAUGUAUAAGCAAAAUCUUAUUGCACUUUCUAAAUAAUUCUUGUUUACAAUGAUGUAGUUACUUUUCUUCCACUAUUUUGUUUUAGGGUCACUUAAGUGAAAGUAUGGACCAUGGGGGAGUCAGCCCAUACGAGCUUGGCAUGGAGCAUUGUGAGAAAUUUGAGAUUUCAGAAACAAGUGUAAACAGAGGUCCUGAGAAGAUCCGCCCAGAGUGCUUUGAGCUGCUCCGGGUUCUUGGCAAAGGGGGCUACGGGAAGGUUUUCCAAGUUCGCAAAGUAACGGGGGCAAAUACUGGCAAAAUAUUUGCCAUGAAGGUGCUUAAAAAGGCAAUGAUUGUGAGAAACGCAAAAGACACAGCUCACACAAAAGCAGAGCGGAAUAUCUUGGAGGAGGUCAAGCAUCCAUUCAUUGUCGACUUGAUUUAUGCCUUUCAGACUGGUGGAAAACUCUACCUCAUCCUCGAGUAUCUCAGUGGAGGAGAACUCUUCAUGCAGUUGGAGCGAGAGGGGAUAUUUAUGGAAGACACUGCUUGUUUCUACUUGGCUGAAAUUUCAAUGGCAUUGGGACACCUGCAUCAGAAGGGAAUCAUCUACCGUGACUUAAAGCCAGAAAACAUCAUGCUGAAUCACCAAGGUCAUGUUAAGCUGACUGAUUUUGGACUAUGUAAAGAGUCCAUUCACGAUGGAACAGUCACACAUACAUUCUGUGGAACAAUAGAAUACAUGGCCCCUGAAAUUUUGAUGAGGAGUGGGCACAACCGUGCUGUGGACUGGUGGAGUUUGGGGGCAUUAAUGUAUGACAUGCUGACUGGAGCACCCCCUUUCACUGGGGAGAACCGAAAGAAAACUAUUGACAAGAUUCUCAAGUGUAAACUCAAUUUGCCUCCCUACCUCACACAAGAAGCCAGAGAUCUGCUUAAAAAGCUGCUAAAGAGAAAUGCUGCCUCACGUUUAGGAGCUGGCCCUGGAGAUACUGGAGAAGUUCAGGGUCAUCCCUUCUUCAGACACAUCAUUUGGGAAGAACUGCUAGCUCGGAAGGUGGAGCCCCCUUUUAAACCCUUAUUGCAAUCCGAAGAAGACGUGAGCCAAUUUGAUGCAAAAUUUACACGUCAGACCCCUGUCGAUAGCCCUGACGACUCGACUCUCAGUGAAAGUGCCAACCAGGUUUUCUUGGGUUUUACGUAUGUGGCUCCAUCUGUACUUGAAAGCGUAAAAGAGAAGUUUUCCUUUGAACCAAAAAUUCGGUCACCACGCAGAUUCAUUGGCAGCCCACGGACACCCAUCAGCCCUGUCAAGUUCUCUCCUGGGGACUUCUGGGGACGAGGGAGUUCCUCCAGCGUGGUCAACCCUCAGCCGCCCGUGGAGUACCCGAUGGAGAUGGGUGGGAUCGAACAAAUGGAUGUGACGGUCUGUGGAGAAGCCUCCGCUCCGCUUCCGAUCCGGCAGCCCAACACCGGGCCAUACAAAAAGCAAGCCUUCCCCAUCAUUUCUAAACGACCAGAGCACUUGCGCAUGAAUCUAUGACGAAUCAACAGCAGUCCUUUCCCCGAACCUGCUUGGGCGACAGCAGAAGAUAAGGACAAAUCUCUCCAAGGGCAGCGGUGCCUCCCCCCACCGCCAAAAGAUGAGACCUCUUGUGGCUUUUUUUCUCAGUGAUGGUAUCAAGUCAGUCAUUGCACAGAAUAACGGACUGGAAAAGAAAAACGAAAACCAUGGAUUCCCCCUGCUUGCCUGCCUGCCUCCUUUCUCUCUCCCCCCCCGUUCCCCCCUCCCUCCUUUGAAUCAAUGGUGCGCAAAGACAGGACUUGAGCAAAAACGGUAUUACGUAACUUAGGCACAGCAGCUAACAGACAUGCAGUGUGGCAUCUUUUCCGCUCUGUCAAGGAUUUUUCAAGUCAAUCACUUGAAGCUAACAGUCUGGAGAGUAGACUCAUGCUCCUGCGUGGUUCUGUCACCAGGGGAGUCUGUGUCCCUGGGCAAGCGUGCAGAACGCCAGCCUGGCCCUUUCUACCUGAGGAUUUAAUCCCACCAUGCUCCUUCAGGUGGCUUCCUGCAAUUUUAAGAUUGGAGGUUGAAGACUAACUCCAACCGUUAGGAUUCCACAUGCAAAAACAAUCUAAAUGAAUCUUUUUUUUAAAAAAAAAGUUAUAUAUAUAAAUAUAUUUUUCAACUAGUUUUUUUCCCCUUUUUAGAAGGGGCUCUGUAAAGUAUCCCAGAGUUGGAACAUACAGAAUUAUUGAUUUACUGAAGCAAAGAGAGAACAAAAAGCAGACUUACAUUUCUUAUCAUAUUAAAAUAAUGGUUUUGUAAAAAAUAAAUCACUGUUAAUUAUGUUACCAAGAUUGGUGGGAUAAGAAUUUACCCUCUUCAUCUUGUUUAAAUGCUUUUUUUUUUUUUGUUAUUUUAAAAAUGAUCCCAAUCAGGCUGUUGGCUGUGCUAAAAUCUUGGCUAGUGCGGAAGUCCUGUAUUUUGAUCUGAGGUCUUCAUGAAGUUUUCCCCAAGCUUGGUUUUGCCCUGCUGGUCUGGAGUUCUGUGGAUGCGUUGAGUCCAGUUGUAUUGUCCUGUAUUCUCAUCCUUCUGAGCAGAAAUCUGCUAGUAGAAACUUCAUCUCUGUUUUAUGCUGGUUAUAUAGUUUGCUCAAGACCCCGGCAUGUGCUAAGGAGGGUUAAACCUGUCGCAAAGGGGGCGCAAGCAAGGCAGCUGUCGCAUUGCUUUAGCGGAUGGCUAUCAUUUUUUUAAAUGUACGUUUCUGUUGGUUUUGCAGCCAAAUGGUAAUGCUUGGAAGAGAUGGCUUUACCCCAUAUUUGCUCCAUUGCUCAUCUCUGUGAUGGAUUACCAUAACGUCUAUGCUGGGGCAAGCCAUCUGUUGAUUGUAUUGAGAAAAGAAACAUGAACAAGUAUUACGAUGGCCUUCAAUGAAUGUCUUCCAGAGAACUUUUGCAACUUAAUUUUAGGAAAUGUUCAGAAGAUUUACUAUUUAUGUUUCCGCGAUUGUUAUUGAAGAAAAAAAAAUCUGUACAAAUGACUAUACCAUACAGGUACAAAGAAUUAAAUAAAGGUAUCUUUACCUUAACUUAAAUACUUCCUGCCUUAAAGAAAGCAUUUCCAUGGCUACAGCUGGUGAAAGGGUUAAUUAUGGUCCACAGAGCUUUACUCUAGCGUAGAGUGUGGGUGAGUGGGUGGGUGUGAAUUGUGCAACAGGGUGCACGUCCUUUUGCUGUUUUCUCCUGCUUGUUACACCUGGUCUGUCUGCAAACUUGGCUACUUAGAAAUAGGCUUUUUGGGGUGCUUUUAUUUCGAUUCUCUCCUCGAGCCAUAGGAUCUGAGCCAUAACUAUGUUUUUAUUUAAACCCAGCCAGAGCCUCUUCUGUGGAUUCCCCUCCCCAGCUGUGCCUCCAGACUUCGCCUCCAGGCCAUUCCCAAAGCCACAGGCUGCGUUAAGGGAAGGGCGGGACGGUGAGCAAAGCCCGGCUGGAGUUGCCGCCGUUCAGCGUCGUAUUGUCGACCUUUGGCUUCCCCCGUAGGAGCGAAAUGAAGUUAAGGAGACAAUCCGGGAAAUGAAAGUCCCGCAGAAAAGGAGGGGUGACUCUGCUUUUGGUCUAUCUGGAGCCUGUUCAAACGUUAGGUUACCGAACGUGAGAUUUAAUUCCUGUGGACCAGCCAUUUCAUAGGCUCAAAUCAGUUUUGCAUUGCCCGCUUCAAAACGAGACCCUUCCCCAUGCCCCAAAGCAUUAAUCCAUGACAUGUGGAUAGCGAGACAUUUUUGGAUUAGGGUAGGGUCUGGGGGCGAGCUGGACGAGAGGUUUUCCACCUGCUCUUCUGCCAUGGGCGUCUGCACGGGAUUUCGUGCAUGACACAAAAGCCCUUUAAUGCCAGCACACCUAAUCGUGGUGUUCCUUCCUUUGCAGGGGGAUAAUAGCACAAGUGGGGAAGGGUCUGAAAGUGAAGGUUGUGCAGAAGGAAGGGGAGGGAGACUCAGGUGUGUCGUCCUCAGGCCCACGAAGACCGUCAUUGCCUUGGUGAGGGUCUCAAACAGGCCCAGGACAGGGGCUGGUGUUUCCUUGUGUUUUUCAGGGUCGUUGGAAAAUCCAGUUAGGGUUGUUGGCUGGCACUGUGGCUCUCGAGGCCUUUAGUGGUGGCAGGUGGAGUUUUCCUUGCCUGGACCAUGAAGAAGGUGCAAUUCCUUCCUGAGGAGGCAUGCCCAAACCCUGUGGAAGCCGGAUUAAGAGCGGUGCAGGACGCUGACUUCUCAGCGUUCAGGGCUUCCCCCUCUCGCGGCUGGCUCCGAUCUCCUUGCCCGUGUUGUUUGCUCUUGCUCUGAGGGGUUAGCAGAGAAAGGCUGGCAGAGUAUUGGAUGCAAUGGAGUCAUUUGCUAGACAUUAGUUUCAUGUGCCCUUUUUGUCUUGAAACUGUGAAAAAUUUUGGAAUUGCAAUUUGGGACAGUAAGUGCACACUAUGCAAUUUGGGUGAUCUCGUAUUUAUUUGUAUAAAGAAUCAAUUUCCCAACCUGGAUUCUUGCCCUUCUUGUAUAUAGCUGUUACGUCAACUUCAGAGGGAGUGUAAUUCUCUUGUAUGACAACAGAAACGGCGACCACAUUUGGAAUGGCUAUUGGAGAAAUUAAGUGCUUUCUUUAACAAUGUCUUAAAAGGUUUUCAUUGGGGUAUAGUAAUUAAGAUUUAUUUUAUACAAGCUGUGCUUUUUUAAUUAUAAUCUUGGGGUUUUGCUAUCAUUUGAUUUUUAUAGAUUUUUGUAUCAUUAUAUAAAAAGAAAUAACUGGGAUUAAUACCUGCUGAAGCUAACAACAUAUAUUAAGUAUUAAAUCUUGAUGACUUGAACCAUGUUUUCUUUCCACUAGAUCUGUUACUGAAAUCAGUGCUGAUUGUAUUCUAUAGUUUGCUUUGAGGAAUAAGGAAAUAAUUAGAACAGCUGGGCUUGUCUAACAUUUGGAGGCAGAGCAGAACCAAGUGAGGCAUUUGAUCACUCUGUUGGCCAUCUGUGGGCAUGCAUGCUGCUGGUAUGCCAACCUGUUUUGGGUGCCAUCUGCCAUUAGCUUCCCUCAGGCACCAUGGGUCACAACAUCCCUUGUGUUCUAACCAAGCUCAGAUGAACAUGCUCAAGUCCACAGUGUUAUCUUGUUCUGAUGAGCUUGGGAGAGUACAGGUGUGUUAGAGGAACAGUUAAAGUUCCAGGCUUGCAGUUCUGCCCAUCUUCGCUUUCCUAGAAGGUCCAUAGGUGGCAAUCUUUAGGAAGGGAAGAGAUGAUCUCCUUCCCCAGCCUGAGGCCACCUACUCCUAUCAGUUUUGACCAGCAGGGCUGCAGAAGUCUCUUCUUAUGAUCAGGUGACCAGGAUAUUACAGGACUCAAGUGGCCAACAAGCUGGUGGUCAGAAGUGGAUUAGUGGGGUCCACUCCCUCCCCUACCAUGUUGACCCAAUGUCUGCAUAACCUGCAUUGGUGCAGUAGGAGAAAAAGGGGAGAAUUCUUGUCUGGGUAUGUUUUGAAUAAUCUAGGACUGCUGUGUAUGCACGUUGGAAGGGCAGCAGCUGUUUAAAACUGGUUCAGAUUGUAUUUUCUCUGUCGUUUCUGGCCAUAAGGUGCAAAUCUGUCUACCAGCACCAGUAAUCUGCAAGGAAGGGCAAAUGCUUGUUAGCCCCUGUUGGAGUAGAAGCUGCGUGCUGGACGUGUCAAUGACAACAAGUGAGUGCUGCUCUCCUUCUCUAAGUCAGCAUACUAAUAGUCCAUGUAGCAUAUAUCUUAAGUUUUUGGAAGGAGGAGACAGAGGAUGCAGGUUUCAUUUUAGCUAUCUUACCCAGUGUAUCUUCAGAAAUUAAAAUUUCUGCACCCUAGUGACUGGUACUUUGGGGAAAGGGGGGAAGAGCUCAGUAAAGCGAUGCACAAUGACGACUUUUCACCUGUACACUUUUUAAGACCAUGUUCUUUCUGCAAAACUUUAGCUGGCUGUGUUAACCAUCCAUUAUGAAUCCGACUACAGCUGCCUUACAAGGAAUGGUAUGAGGGUUAUUACCUCAUUCUGUACUAUUUACUGUAAUAAAAUAUACUUGAUUUCAAAACAGAUGGGUGUAAAUAGCAAUUAAAUGCAACUUUGAACAAA